AUGAUAUCAGAUCAUAAAUUUGGACAAUUCGUUGUCCCUCAGCAUCCCAUCGAUGAAGCAAAAAUACCAACGAAGAAAAUGGAUUACCAAAACUACUGUCGUCUCCUAAGAAAAAUGGAUAUGCCUUUUGUGAGAGGAAAUGAGGAUAGACACGACUUUGGUAGUUUUGAAGAGAAGAACAGUCAGGCUUUUCUUAAAUAUCACCCUUAUCCUUCUCUUGAGCAGCCAGACUAUCAUCUAUACCAUCCUUAUCCCCCACCUCCUGGGAAAGACUAUCCUUUAUUUCCACUUCGAGAUGAUGUGCCAUUGAAUGAUCCUUGUUCAGGGUUUAUUAGUCCAGGAGGAGAUGCUGAAUUGCUGCCUGGAGUUGGCAGACAGAUCCCAAACCUAGUGAAUUACUGUGAUGUGAAGCCUCAACAGCGAAUUCCUAUGCCAGCCUAUGGACUGCAGACAGACGUUAAGAGGCGAACAAUACUAUUAGAAGAGUUAAAUGAGGACCGAAGGUGGAAUUCCAGGAAAGUACCUGAUGCUGCCAUCAGAGCUAAACUUGGAGGUUGGACAAGCUCAUCAAAAGUUAUUCCUGAUCUAUCUAAAUUGGAAGGCAACACAACCACAUUCAGGUUUUCAUUUGAUGAACCAGAAAAUAAGGGUGAAGGUAAAGUUGGAGCUUCACCAGGGAUGGGUGUGGAACAGAAACUAAAAGAUUCAUUCUACAAGUCCAGCACACAAAAAGCCUAUGAAGCACUUCCGCUGGAUCAGAUAUACCCACCAAGGCUCAGCCCACCACUGACAACAUUUGAAAAGAAGGCUGACCAUGUUUCACAGUGUUUUACACUAAAUAGAUAUGAAUGGCAGCCAUCCAUAUGUCAGGUUGUUGGAGGCCUUUGGGACAGAUUUCAAACAAGAUCCUUCACAUCACCAAAAAGACCAAUUAAUUUUGUGAGUCCAAGUACUCGAACUCAAUAUAUUCCUCUUUACACUGGUUAUAUUGAGUCAUCAGACCCUGAUGACAAAGAUGAUCCUGAUGGUGACCUUGAAUCUUUGGGCAAACCUAGGCAGUCAAGACUAUUCUAUACAAAUCCAAGAAGCUCUGAAAAUAUUCCAGGAUAUACUGGCAAGGUUCAUUUCCUAGGCACCCAGCCAGCAACUUGGGAUAUUCCCCCAGCAAUCCCAGGUGUAGAUUCAGCAGUUCGGCGCACUAUAUUGGAAUGUAAGGAUGAACCUAAUUAUCAUCACGUAGGACCUUUAUCAAAAAUGGUUACUCUGGUGGAGCCAUACAACACUUUCAAUGGUGUGGUAAAAGAAACUGUUAAGUUUUUAAAGAAGCCUGUCCUGUAA